CGGCUGCCAGCCUUCAAGCUCUAAACAUUUCUGUGAAUUGUGACAUAAAAUCAUGGAAAUCUCGGUGUGUUCUCUAGCAGAAAAGCAAGAGAGCUAUCAAGAAGCAGCUAUUCGGAAACUGUACGACUCGCUCAAGGCUGAGCUUUCGAAGUCGUACACAGCUGUUCGAGAUGCCUACACAGUUUCAUCGCCUGGUGAGCCUGAUCGUGUCCCUAACAUGCUGGCUGAUCUUUUCGAAAAAGUCUCUGAUCCAGCACGAUUGCAUCGAAUGGCUGCCUUCGGAGCCGAAAGACAAUAUCUCAACGAGGUGCAUGAGCAAUAUUUCAAAGAUCAAGACGGUAUAAGCUCGAAUGUUCAACAUGUAGCUGCAUUCUCUUCGAAGCUUGCUCGGCGGAAAGAUCUAUGCGGUGUGUGUCUGCACGUCGCCAAGCAGAUAUCGAGUAUCUUGCUUCUUUUCAACAGCGGGUUAGAUUGGAAGUCUUACGUGAAUGAAUACUGGCCACCACGCCCUAUGCCAAGCGAUAUGACUCGAGAACAAUAUAUCGUUGGCAAUAGGUUUAUCCCACCCGAAGAUAUUAAUCCCGGUUUUAUGCUCCCGUACAACGUCGUUCAACACCACCAAUCAGCUCGCGAGCUUGUCAAGUCUGCUGAAACCUGUCCUCUAUGUGAACUGCUACGCGUGGCCUGUAUCAUGGACUCAUUUAGAGAGCGAGGAGAAGAAAAAGCUUACGAUCACUCGAGAGAACCACUAUCCCAAAUUCUUGGCAGCGUGAACAGAGGAAAGGGGAGCGCUUUAUUCGAUCGAAUCAAUAAUCAAAUUGCCCAAAGUGAUGAGCCAAUCUUUUUGAUGUUAUGGAAUCAAUCUAAUCCAAGACAGAGAUAUUCUACUGGUGGAUACAAAUUGGAUUACAUUCGGCUGUUGUGGAAGAGACUACCAGAGGAGGUGCUUCAGAUAGAGCGAAAGACAGUCUUCACGAGGCUUCAGGUAUUCAACUCAAAAGAUAACUCCACUCCAUAUCCAAAACUGACGCCUUAUGUAUCAUCACGCGAGCCAUUGUACGAUUCUGGCUCCACCCAGGCACUCGAUCUCAUCAGAGAGUGGGUCAAUAGAUGCCAAAAGGAUCAUCCUAAUUGCGUGAAGGCAAUAUCCGGCGAAAAUAUGAAUACUUCGGAUCUUCACCAGCUUCCUACUCGCCUGGUUGACCUGGGCCCACUCGAGUCAAAUCUCGAGCCACGACUAGUAAAUACAAAGGGCUAUCCGGAAGGGCAAUGGGUAGCACUAAGCCACUGUUGGGGCAAGCCAGAGAACCACCCACCUAAAACAACGCGAUAUAAUUUCGAGCAGAGACUUAACCAAAUCCCGUUAUCUUUGAUGCCCAAGACCUUUCUUGAUGCUAUGGCAGUGACUAAAGCGCUAGGUGUUCAAUAUAUCUGGAUCGACUCCUUGUGUAUCAUCCAAGACGACGAGGAAGACUGGCUUGCCGAAUCCAAACUUAUGGGAAGUGUAUACGAGAAAGCAUUCUUCACCAUCGCAGCUUCAUCUGCCCCAGACUCAAGAGGAGGGCUAUUUAUCCCCAGACCGUACGGCGAUCUUAAAGUCCCUACUGUUUCAAUCCCCUUUGAAGACCCGGUGACAAACGCUUCCGAGCAUUUUGACAAAUACUCCAUCGGACUUGAAUGGAGGCAAGAGCCUUUCAUGCAAGAACUAGACCCCAUGGACACGGCACUCUCGAAGCGCGGUUGGGCAACCCAGGAAUGGAUCCUAUCACGACGUACGAUUCACUUCCUCGACCGCGGGCUGGUAUGGGUCUGUAAGACUACUGCUGAAGCAGAAACAGGGUAUUUCGUGGUCGGCCGCGGUAUCCCCAUUCAAGAAUACAGCAACGCAUGGGGACAGAUUGUGCAAGAGCAUUCUGCUCGGCUGUUCACAUAUCAGCGAGACCGUCUUGUGUCGCUAGAAGGACUGGCGAGUAAGUUUAGGCAUUUCAAGCCGAAGGAUGACUGGUACGCUGCUGGAAUCUGGGGCAGCGACAUGCCGCUGCACCUACUAUGGAGCCCAAAAAUGCUUGCUUGGGAUAGAGACGGAAGGCCGUCUUGGAGUUGGGUGAGUUGUCCAAGUGAGAUCUGGUUUAGAAUCCGAGAGACGGCUACAAGACGCGACUGCGAGUCUUUUACGUCACGCUGUCAUGUUGAAGGGGCCGAUAUGGAGACCGGGGUACUGAAACUCAGGGCCAGGAAACGGGAAAUUGAAGCGCACAUGUUGCAAGAAUUCGACCUGGAGGAUGGACAUCGUUUUAUCCGAGGAAGAGCAAACCAUCACUUAGGUCACUAUAUUAAGAUCGUGGAUACCGACGAGGAGCCCUCUGGCUGGGCAGUCUUUGAUGAUGCGAAGCGCGGUGAAUCGGUUUUCAAGAAUCAGGAAGAUAAACGUGUGUUCUUCCUCUACUUGAGCGAUGUCACAUUCUCCACUGCUCCUCAUUUCGAGGCUUACGGGCUAUUACUAGCCAAAUCUUCAAUUGAAGAAGAAAAACAUGUCAGAAUUGGCAUUGCAGCUUUCUCAGAUAGUGCAUUGAUCAAGGAUGAGUCCGAGGAGGAUAUCGAGAUAAAGUAGAUGCUGUGUUGACUUCGCCUCAACAACCGAAGAAAUUUGCGGGUCCAGGUUCGUGGAAAAAAUGCAUAGGAAACCUUUGCAUGGGCAACGGAUAGUGAUCUGCAAGCAUGCAGGAGAACUGGGGGAAAUAAUUGUCACCCGAGAAGCUCAGGGUGGUGCCAUUUGUUUCGUUUGUCAACAAAUGCGCUUAGCCGAGGCCCACUCACCUUUCCAAUGUCAAAUUUAGUGAGGUGGGAAUGGUUUAGGGUCUGUUCAUUUAUCCUAGCCAACUAAAGCAAGCCUUCAUAUGGAACCCUCUAUUCUGCGUAUUCGGCAGCCCUACGCUGCUUGCCCGAAAUCAGAUAAAUCGCAGCUCUCAUCUCCAAAAGUGGGUCGUCGGAUGGUCCAACACCCUCCACACGCGGAAUAGGAUCGAAGAUAAUGUACUUCUGUUCCUUCAGAUUCUCCGGAACAACAGCGUCGAGUGUGAACUUUCCAAGUUCAACGAUAGGCCUGUCGGCAGGCCAGUGAACAGUCGCAUCGUCUGUCACAUCCCCUUCGGUUGCAACCUGCGCAACGAGCUUGAAUCCAAUAGGUGCACUGGCAACACGAGCCUCAACCUCCUCUUGAAGAUAGUUUGGACCUUUUUCCUUCACGGCCUCGGCAUCCAGACUCUGCACACCCGCGUCCGGAACAAACUGGUAGCGAAUGAAAGUCUCUUUUCCAGCAGCAUCGAUGAGCUUGAAAGCUGUAACACUGAAGUAUUUCAGUGUAGCGAAGCUGACUGGGGGUGGCUUUGGAGCCUGCACGAAUGCCAUAGCAGGUGGGUGAGAGCCGAGAAAUUCUCCGGCAGUGCCUCCCAUCAGAGCCUGCAGGAACUCGAGGAACUCAGCGCCGGUACGAGUUGGGAAGAAGUCUACUGAGUGACUGAUAACAUCUGUGUGUUUGCGGUCUCCGAGAUGGAAACGGAUUGCGAUUCCUCGUGGGUCGCCAUUGGGAUCUGUGUCGGGAAUGUUGGGGAUUCCGGUGGAGUUGGAAAAGCGUACCCAAACUGGCGUGCUUGGUUUGUUGAAGUGUGGUGCUAUGCUCAGUUUCUUAGCUUCCUCAGAUGGCGUGAAUAUUCCACUGAAGAUCUUUCCUUUGGCAUGAGCUAGAACAAUUGUUAGAUCUGUGAUGACGAGUAAGUUUUGGACAAUGCUUACCUGGUCGGUAACCAGCGUGUUUUCCAAACACAGAUUGAAAUCCAGCCACUAUAUCGGCAGCUGUCUUCAUCAAAACUUCAUCACUUGGGAAAGGCAUUUUUGCUUGGAAACUUUUGUGUUGGGGUUCGAUGCGCGACUCUCUGUUGGCAUGUAGUCGCUGGAGAGGUUCCUUUCCUCGGGCUUUAUAGGAGUCGAACCUGUAUCCUCGUCGUUAUAGCUCAAAUACUGACUACGCAGGAAACAUGGCGGCUGAUUUUGGUCAUCCUAUCUGGUUCGUUGUGAUUACUUUCUCAAAUAGAUCCAAUUAUCAUUGGUCAGCGUUUGUUACUACAAGAGCAUUAAUAAUCUCGCCUGCAUAGUCGGGACAAUUGCUAAG